AUGGAGAAACUGGAAUCAAAGACUCUUGAACUCUCCAGGCCAGCUACCACCCGUUCAAUUGUUCCUAUACAUUCCCCAACAACAGAUUCCUCCAGCCAGCGACAGAUAGAUAUCCCUGUCAACAUAAGUUUAAUUCCUAAUGCAACAUUUAAAUCUACUAAAUUGAAAGUCCAAAUUGCGGAAAAUAACUCUAUUGUGUUGAGUCCUGUUAUAAACGAAGGAGUACUCUUGAGUAUACUCGCCAGACUGAGAAUACUUCCAGAGAAGCUGAUAAUGUUUCUUAACCUAGGUCAUGAGAAAUUAAUAUCAAGAUUGGGAACCCACCCUGAUUUAGUUGACAAGUUCAAUUUGAUCACUGAUCCAGAUAACAGAACAGCCUUUAUGAUUAAACAUCUUGGGGACAUUCCACCCACAGGGGGACAGCGGGUUAGGUCCUAUGAAAAUUAA